AUGCUUCCAAGAUUUCUCACUAUCCUAGCACUGGUAUCUUCCAUAAACGGCCUUCCUACUGGUGCUCCGUAUUGUGACCCCACGCUCUCGAAUGCUCCCGUCUUGAAUGUCUUCACCACAUUUCACGGAGCUAAAUCUGCUGCCGUGCAGUAUCAACUUACAAGCAGUGCUCCGAGCUAUGCCACUGGUCAAGUUAUGACCUUAUCAUUGUCUGGUGCAAGUAAUGCUAAUAUUGGUGGUGUUCUAAUUGGUGUGAGGGACGCCGAUGGGAACUUUGUUAGUGGUAUGGCGGUACCAACAAUCGGCACUUUUAAAUCUUGUGUGAAUGGAGGUGUCGGGAGUGGAAUGACGAUUACUCAUUCGGCAUUGAAUACUCUGGCAAAAAUAGAUAUUGCUUUUACGCCUCCAGCGGGUACACUUGGUGCUUUAACGGUCUCAGCUAUAGUGGUUUCGCAAGGUCUUGGUACCCCUUGGAGUACAGCUGUGAUGACAAUAAACGCUGGAGGAGCAGCUGGCGUUGGGAAGCCUGCGCCCGAACCGUGUUGCGGCAAACCUAAACCAGCUCCUGCGCCUGCCAGUUCCGGUCCGGCUCCUCAAUCGACCGGUCCUGCUGGAAAUUAUGAUGCAGUUAGAGCUGACAUUGCCGCUAUUCUAAACAAUGAAGCAUGGGAUGAUGGUAGUCUUGGACCAAUAUUUGUUCGUCUGGCUUGGCAUACAAGUGGAUCUUUUGAUCCUGUGAUGAAAAAUGGAGGUUCAAAUGGCGCUACCAUGAGGUUCCAACCGGAAGCGUCAGACCCACACAACAAUGGCCUCCCGGCAGCAAGGGCGUUUCUGGAACCCGUAAGAGCCAAAAAUCCGUGGAUUUCUCGCGGUGACCUAUGGACACUAGCUGGGGAGGUCCAGUCAUACCAUGGAAGCAUCGAUGUCACACCCCAACAAGUAGCAGCAAACCCCGCAAUAGUACCGCCAUUAAACCGUCUGCCAAAUGCUGAACUCGGUGCAACUCACAUCCGGACCAUUUUCGGCCGCAUGAACUUCACAGAUGCCGAAAUGGUUGCCUUAAUAGGAGCACAUUCGCUUGGUCGAGCACAUAGUGGUAACUCUGGAUAUGUUGGCGCAUGGACUGCGACUCCAACCAAAAUGAACAAUCUGUUCUUCACGAAUCUGGUGAAUAUCAAGUGGACACCCAAUGUUCCCAAUGCCACUGUGACGAAGAUGCAGUAUCAAGAUCCGACGGGACAGCUUAUGAUGCUGCCGACCGAUAUUGCGCUAACGACGGAUCCGAUAUUUAAUAAGCAAGUGCAAAAGUAUGCCAACGAUAACAAUGUCUUCACUGCGGACUUUGCCAGUGCGUUUGGCAAACUGAUUGCCCUUGGAACAUAG